CAUAGCAGUCGGAUCACUAUGGGACAGCGAAGCGGUGGGACAAAGCGAUGCGGAUGAUAUUCCUGUAAAUGAGAGAAAAAAAGUCCAGUCUGUUUUAACUUCAGUGGGCGCAAACUGGGCGCAUGUAGUUAAACUGCGUAUGCGUAAAAGAGGGCCAAAAUGUUCCUCGUCCUGCUCCUGGGGCUUUACUUAGGCACAGGUGAGCUUUUCUCCCCAGUGAGCUCCUGCCCGUCGCAGUGCAGCUGUUUUUACCACAACCUGAGUGAUGGAUCAAAGGCCAGGAGUGUGAUCUGCAAUGAUCCCGAGAUAUCUCUUGUGCCUGUCGGGUUUCCUGUUGACACGUCCAAACUGCGCAUUGAGAAGACGUCCAUCCAGCGGAUACCGAGCGAAGCCUUCAUCUACCUCUCCAGUCUGGAAUUCCUGUGGAUGUCUUUCAACACGCUCUCCGCCUUGAGCCCGGACAGUUUCCGGGGACUGCUCAACUUGGAGGAGCUUCGUCUGGACGGGAAUGCCCUCACCGCCUUUCCCUGGGACUCUCUGAUGGACAUGCCCAGUCUCAGACUUCUCGAUUUGCACAACAACCAGCUCACCAUGCUGCCAGCGGAGGCCACCACUUUCAUCAAGAACCUCACCUACCUGGAUCUGUCCAGCAACAGCCUGCUGACCCUGUCGGCAGAGGUGCUGUCCACCUGGCUCAUAGCAAAACCUGUUCAAGGGCCAGAUAGCUCCAAGAUGAUACUUGGUCUCCACGACAACCCCUGGGUGUGUGACUGUCGGCUCUACGACCUGAUCCAGUUCCAGAAGUCUCCCACUCUCUCGGUGGCGUUCAUUGACACAAGGCUCCGGUGUUCAGCUCCAGAGAGUGUAUCCGGGGUUUUGUUCAGUGACGCAGAGCUUCGGCGCUGCCAGCUCCCACGUAUACACACAGCUGUGGCACGAGUCCGGAGCGCUGUUGGGAACAAUGUGCUGCUGCGUUGUGGGACCAUUGGAGUCCCCAUCCCAGACCUGACAUGGCGCAAGGCAGAUGGGAGGCAACUUAAUGGAACAGUCCAGCAGGAGACCUCAAAAGAGGGAAUCACUUGGUCCAUCCUCAGUGUCCCUGCUGUGUCCUAUCGGGAUUCGGGGAAAUACAUCUGCAAGGCCACUAACUAUGCGGGAAAUGCUGAAGCUGUCAUUUCUCUUGUUGUCUCUAACUCGUCAAAAACAGAGGGGAACCAAACCAGCAAUGACAAGAAAGCCAAAGUCAAGAAACCCAAGCCUGUUGGUAAAGCUGCCUACCAGGAGAAACUGGUGGCCAGAUAUGUGGUUCCAACCUCGACCCCUUCAACCCUGCCCGCCCUGGAUCCAGGCCUUCCACCUGGUCUUGGUCCUGAUCCGGGACGAGGCAGUUACAGCCUGGCAGACAGAGCCACCCUGGGGCCUGCCACCUCCUCCAACCCAGAUGCACUGUUGGAUCUGGAGAAGACUAAUCUAAGCAACCUGGCGGCCAACACGUCAUCACUGCAGCAGGACCCCGACAGGGUGGUCCGCUCAGUAAAGGUGGUGGGGGACACAGACAAUACCAUUUCUUUGAACUGGAGAGCCCCUAAGGCCAAGAACACAACAGCGUUUAGUGUGCUGUAUGCUGUGUUUGGAGAGAGGGACAUGAGGAAGAUCAAUGUUGGGGCAGGGCAAAACCGUGUAUUCAUCGAAGGCCUGGUGCCCAGAACCAAGUACAUUGCUUGUGUUUGUGUGAGGGGGCUGAUCCCCAAGAAGGAGCAGUGUGUGAUAUUUUCCACUGAUGAAGCAGCCAGUGCAACUUCGACCCAGAAGCUGAUUAAUGUGAUUGUGAUCACGGUGGCCUGUAUCAUCGCAGUCCCGCUCACUGUCAUCGUGUGCUGCGGGGCUCUGAAGAGACGCAUUCAAAAGUACUGGGGAAAGAAAACCAAGGACAUCCAAGAUUCAUAUGUGACCUUUGAAACACUGUCGCCUGGUACGAAGGCCAAAGGGCUUGAGGGCGAGUAUUUGAACAGAGUGAACCCAGAGGAAUCCAACAGGCUUCUGUCGGCCCGAUCCAGCCUGGACUCUGAGGCCACGGCUAAGAUAGAGGGACAACCUAACGAGUACUUCUGCUGACGUCAUGCUCCAGCUCCAGCACCUGCGCCACGCCAUCUUCCUCGCACUCACCCGCUUCCACGUGCCAGUCCGACCCCUAACUCCCAUUCACAUCCCCAUACCCAAAACGAUCCCCAUUCCCAUCCCCAUCCCCAACCUGACACCCAAACCGAUCCUUAUCCUCAUCCGCAAACCGAUCCGCAUCACCAUGCUCAUUCUCAUUCCCAUCCUCAUCCACAUCACCAUCACCACCCCCAUCUCCAUCAACAUCCAUAUCCACAUCACUGCUCCUGCUCUCGCCCUCAGCAACAUCCUGACGUCAGUCCCCCUCCAACGCGCUCCCGUACGCCCACACCUUGGGAUACCCCCCCAUCCGUCCCUCCUCGCUGGAUCAUGCCACCAACUCCACCGCCACAGAGAACCAACUUCUAUCAAAGGACUUUUGCACGUUGCACUAUAAUGGAAAUAUCAGUUUAGAGGAAUAUUAACAGAUUAAUCAAUUUACAAACUCUACAAAAAAAUCCUAUUUCGCAUACAAAAGUUAAACUCUGUCCAAAAGUAUCCAAACAUUAAUGGUAAAACAACAUGCAAACACGCUCAUGUUUUAUUUAUUAAUUCGCCUGUAAGAGAAAACAUGUCAAAAGUUAAAAGACAAUAUCAUUGUAAACUAUAUUUUAUCUCACUUACAUGGCUCAGCUAAGAAACCUCUGCAACUUGAUCUGACAUAAAGGGAACGCACCGGUAGAAAAUCUAUUGUUUAUACCAUAUAUGUAUGUGUAUUAUUUGUAUAUAAUGUACUAGAUGAUGUACACUUACAUAUACAGUUAUGCCUGUGCCUCUGUAUACAUCUGUCAUAUGUUCUCAGAGAAGAUAUACACAUAGGCAUGGUUCAACACUCUGGCGUAUGGAGAGAAGCUGGAGCUGGAGAGAAGUACAGAAAGGACUGAACUAUGACACAAUGUAAAUAGGGUGGAAAUUAUGCUAAAUGUUUAAAGACAGUCUAAUUCCUUUCAGUGAGACACAUACUGAAAUAUCUCCUGUGUUGUGCCACCUAGAGGUUGCCCCAUUAAAUGUAGAUCUAUUUAUUCCAAUGAUAUUAUUUGAUUAUAGUUGAAUAAACUUUUAUAUAUACAUAUCCA